ACAUAUUCAUAAGGACAGAUCAAAACAACAUGGCGGCUGAAAAAUCAGCUCAGAACCCUGAAGUGAAAAUAGGCCACUAUAUUUUGGGUGAAACAUUGGGCGUCGGAACGUUUGGAAAAGUUAAAAUUUACAGCAAUAAAACCACUUUUUUAACCACGUGUUGAGGCUAAUGAAAAUUUGAUUUCAUUUACAGUCGGCAUUCAUCAAUUGACAAAUCACAAAGUUGCAGUUAAAAUACUGAAUAGGAAUAAAAUAAAAACACUCGAUGUCGUUGGAAAAAUCAGAAGAGAAAUACAGAAUCUUAAGCUUUUUCGGCAUCCUCAUAUCAUUAAGCUAUACCAGGUCAUCAGUACACCGACGGAUAUUUUUAUGAUAAUGGAAUAUGUGUCUGGUGGCGAGCUUUUUGAGUACAUCGUCAAAUGCGGAAAGCUUAAGGAAGCCGAGGCUAGAAGAUUCUUUCAGCAAAUCAUAUCCGGCGUAGAAUAUUGUCAUAGACAUAUGAUAGUCCACAGAGAUUUAAAACCGGAAAAUUUACUCCUAGAUAAUAAUAAAAAUGUGAAAAUAGCCGACUUUGGCCUUAGUAAUAUGAUGACGGAUGGUGAAUUCUUACGAACUAGCUGUGGAAGUCCUAACUAUGCUGCACCAGAGGUUAUUUCUGGAAAAUUAUACGCUGGACCUGAAGUUGAUAUAUGGAGUUGUGGUGUUAUAUUAUAUGCUUUAUUAUGUGGCACACUACCUUUUGAUGAUGAACAUGUACCAACUCUUUUUCGAAAGAUUAAAUCCGGAAUUUUUCCAAUUCCUGAUCAUCUAAAUUCUUCUGUUGUGUCUUUGAUAACAAAGUGCCUUCAGGUUGAUGCUGUGCAGCGAAUUACAAUAAAGGCCAUUAGGGAGCAUGAGUGGUUUAAAGUAGAGUUACCAGAGUAUUUAUUCCCGCCUGAAGAAGAUUUGGAUGCUUCAAUCGUUGAUACGGAUGCUGUUAGAGAAGUUUGUGAAAAAUGUCACGUUACUGAAGAUGAAGUUCAUAGAGCUCUCCUAUCGGGUGACCCACAGGACCAAUUGGUGAUAGCUUAUAAUUUGGUGGUUGAUAAUAAACGUAUUGCGGACGAAGCGGCAAAACUACAAAUUCGAGAUUUCUAUUUCGCAUCGAGUCCACCUCCAAAUGAUUUUCUAUUGAAACAUCAUGCGGAGAAUAGUCCGCUCAGGCCACAUCCGGAGAGAAUGCCUGAAAUGCAAAAUACCAGCGCUACAUUAGACCCUCUCCUUGCGACUAUGGAACGUCGCACCUCUACAUCCGGAAUGAAGAAAGCCAAAUGGCAUCUUGGAAUACGAUCGCAGAGUAAGCCAUUGGAUAUUAUGCACGAAGUAUUCAGGGCUAUGAAAAGUCUGGGAUUUGAGUGGAAGAUUAUGAAUAAUUGGAAUAUAUUUGUUCGCCGAAAGAAUCCAGUCAAUGGAAAAUAUUUUAAGAUGAGCCUGCAGCUUUAUCAGGUCGAUCAGCGUAGUUAUCUUUUAGACUUUAAAAGUUUGAAUACGCAAGAUCAUCCAGAUCAACAGAAGGUAACUUCAAUGACUCGGCAAAGUAUGCACCUUGCACCUGAAGAUGGUGAGAAUCAAUAA